AAGUAGGGGCCCUAGAGUGGCCAUGGGGACGGGCGGGCGCAGGGGGUCGCUGUCCGGGAAGGGCGCCGAGGGCGCGGCGACGGCUACCUCCCCUUGCCUGUACCGUUGUAUCGAGUGCAACCGGGAGGCCCGGGAGCUGUACCGGGACUACAGCCACGGCGUACUCAAGAUAACCAUCUGCAAAUCUUGCCAGAAACCGGUAGACAAAUAUAUUGAGUAUGAUCCUGUUAUUAUCUUGAUUAAUGCCAUUUUAUGCAAAGCUCAGGCCUAUAGGCAUAUUCUUUUCAACACUAAAAUAAAUAUCCAUGGGAAACUCUGCAUGUUUUGUUUGCUUUGUGAAGCAUACCUGAGGUGGUGGCAGCUGCAGGACUCAAGCCAGAGCACAGCCCCUGAUGACCUGAUCCGGUAUGCCAAGGAGUGGGACUUCUACAGGAUGUUUGUGAUUGCGUCUUUUGAACAAGCUGCCUUUUUUGCUGGCAUUUUUGCUUUUCUGUGGGUUGAGCAACCCAUGACAGCAAAAAAAAAGCCCAACUUCAUUUUACUACUAAAAGCACUGCUGUUGUCCAGCUAUGGGAAGCUCCUGCUGAUCCCAGCCGUCAUCUGGGAACAUGACUACACACCUUUGUGCCUCAGGCUCAUUAAAGUGUUUGUCCUGACAUCGAAUUUCCAGGCAAUCAGAGUUACUCUGAACACCAGCCGCAGACUCUCGCUGCUGGCCGUACUGAGCGGCUUGUUGCUGGAGAGCGUCAUGGUCUACUUCUUCCAGAGGAUGGAGUGGGACGUGGGCAGUGACUGUGCGGUCUACAAGACUCAGGACUUCUGAAGCUUUAUUCUUCACUCUCUGUGGCAGGACCAGCUACCUCAAAAGAGAAGGCGCAAGAGAAACCAAGGCCCUCAUUUCUGUGAGUGGAGUGAAGGACUGGGGAUUCCUGAACGUACCCAGACACCCCCAGGAAGAUCUGAACCACCUCGACACAAGGCUGAGAGCACUGAGUGACACGUGGGCAGGCACCAUGGUCCCCAGUAAUGAAAGGGCUCAGCACCAUUCCUUUGGCAUGUUUAUGUCCUUUAAAUCUAAAUAGUACAUUAAAAAUCAUACUUUGUGUUUUUCUGACAGAAGCACUUUUCUCUUAAGUAGUCUUUCAGAAUAAAUCAAGUUUUUUAUACA